AGAGUUAAACCUAAAAAUACAUACACAAUCAGAUAAACCACCUCCAUAAACCCUCUUUUUGGUUCCGCCUCGUUUCUGAAAUUGAAAGAGACGACAUGGCUGAGCAAAGCAGCAGCAGCUUUGAGGUUGAUCUCGGAAACUUAAUGGCUUUUAACCCCCACUUUCAAUUCUCAUCCCCACCUUCCAGGGAGGAGCUAGUGAGGGAGAGUAUACAACAAGGGACCCAGUUAGUUCAAGCUAUUGCAGAUUCUCUUUUUAGUUUGACUUCAACCGAAGAUCGAGAUGGGCCUAUUGUUAAGUUGCCUCCACCGACUACAAGAUUGCCAAGAGAGAAGCCGCUUCCGAAGCCCAGACCUCCCACAAAAUGGGAAGAGUUUGCCAAAAAGAAAGGCAUCAAAAACUACAAGAAAGAUAAGCAAGUGUUUGAUGAACAAACUGGUACCUGGAAGCGCCGUUAUGGAUAUGAUCGUGUAAAUGAUGACAAUGAUGUUCCAAUUAUUGAAGCAAAGAUGACUGAUGAGCCAGGACAGGAUCCUUUUGCUAAGAGACGUUCGGAAAAGAAGCAACGUGUAGAAAAGCAAGAGAAAAAUCGCUUACAUAAUUUAAAAGAUGCAGCAAAAGUUGGUGCCCUGCCGAGCCAUGUCCAACUUGCUGCCACAGCAUUGCCAAUAACAGGAAGCCAAGCUGCCCCCAAAAAAGUUAGCAAGGAUGAAUUGGGGAAUGUUGCUGGGAUGGCAGCAACUGCAACCGCAAGUGGUGGUAAGUUUGACAAGAAAUUGCCGGGGGAGAAACCACCAAAACAUGAUAAGAAGUAUCGAAAGUUUUUACCGGUGGUGGAAGGAUCAGGAAUGGGAUCGUUAGAAAGGCAACAAACUGAUAAAAUUCUGAACAAGUUAUUGUCUGCGAAUUCACACAAUAUACUUGAUGUUGGCAAGGCCGUCAACUUUUACAAUGUUAAAAAAGACAAGAAGCGAAAAAGUCAAGGAAAGGAUCACGGGAAGACCUCAUCGACUUCGAGCAAACUGAACACCAAGAAAAGCCCUUACAAAAAAAUGGCAAAGAAAGGAGGGUCAUCAUCUAAAGGGAAGUCAAAAUGAAGUUGAGUAUGUGGCGUCAUGAAGUUUUUGUUUACAGUUGGAAGAGGAUAAGCUUAAUAUAUUGUAUGAUUUGUUUUUUAGUAUAUCUCCGUUGGAGAUAUGGGAUGUUGUUACUUAAUCAUGUUGAAGAAGAAGAGCAAAGGCACAUGUCAAAUUGUUUUAAUAUUUUAGAUCUGAUUUUAUGGAAUUCAAACAGGAUAGUUACAAUAUCAAUAUGUUACUGGGGAGUGUGUAGUACAAUAUCAACCUGCUUGCAUGGCGUAGUUGAUUUAUGGUGCACUAGAUGUGGAUAGCUCAUACAUCAUUUAACAGGUUGUACGUUUUAUGAAUGAUUUGCAUGAGAUUAUCUAUGGUUUCUCUUGGUACUUCCUCCCGGCA